AUGAAGUUCUCCUCCGUCGCCGCUGUUGCGGCCCUCUCGACUGCGGCGUCCGCGGCCGAGCAGAAGUACUCGACGUGGAUGAUCGACUCGUUCAUGCAAAAGGACAUCGCGCCGGACAACCACUACACGAACGCGGUGCUGUACCGCGCCACGGACCUGACGUACAAGGCGUACGGCAACGAGACGUACUACACGUGGAUGAAGGAGCAGGUCGACGCCAUAGUCAGCGACAACGGCACCAUCACCGGCUGGCCCGCGGACAAGGACUCGCUGGACGACAUCCUGAUCGGCCGGGCCCUGCUCGAGCUGUACAACCAGACCAGCGCGCCCAAGUACAAGACGGCGGCCGACAACCUGCGCCACUCGCUCGACACGCACUCGCGCACCCCGGCCGGCGGCUUCUGGCACCGCGUGCCCACCUACGCCAACCAGAUGUGGCUGGACGGCAUCUACAUGGCCGACGUCUUCUACGCCCAGUGGACCUCGGUCUUCGAGCCGACCAACACCACCGCCUGGGACGACAUCCUGCUGCAGUUCGAGCUGAUCGAGCAGCACCUGCGCAACUCGUCGUCCCAGCUGCUGUACCACGGCUACGACGAGCUCAAGCAGGCCGUCUGGGCCGACCCCGUCACCGGCGCCAGCCCGCACGUGUGGAACCGCGCCCUGGGCUGGUACGUCAUGGCCCUGCUCGACGUGCUGGACUACUGGCCGCAGGACCACGCCGGCUUCGCCAAGCUGAAGGAGUGGUUCGUCGCCUGCGCCGACGGCGUCGUCGCCGCCCAGGACCUCGACACGGCCGGCUGGUGGCUGGUCAUGGACGAGCCCUACCCCAGCGCCCCGGGCAACUACAUCGAGUCGUCCGGCACCGCCAUGUUCACCUACGGCCUGCUCAAGGGCCUGCGCAAGGGCUACGUCUCUGGCGAAAAGUACAGCCAGCCCGCCCUCAGGGCCUACGACCUCAUGACCACCGAGUACGCCGUGGCCAACGCUACCGGCGGCAUGCUGAACUGGGAGGGCACCGUCGAGGUCGGCAGCUUGAGCGGUAACGCUUCAUACGAGUACUACAUCGGCGUCCCCCUCGCCGAGAACGACCUCAAGGGUGCCGGCCCCUUCAUCUACGCCAGUCUGGAGUACGAGGCCUUCACCGCCUGA